AUGUCAAACGAGGGCAAAGAAACUUGUGUUGGAAAAGAUGUGGAGGACGUAGAAUCUGACAAUUAUCAAGAAGAAGAAGAUGAAGAAGGUGUGUUUGAACUUGCAACAUUUUUUUGCUUUUUCUUUGAAGAAUUUCCUAAUUCUCUCUUUUCACCCCGCAGUAUUCUGCGCGUGAGCGAAAAAUAAACAAUAAAUUUAAUAUUCCAGUGAUUGAAAAUAAUGCCGGAAGUUCGGAGAACAGUGGUCUGUCGAGAAGGGCGCAGAAUAGGAUCCGUGCACGUGAGAGGUACAAAUUCCACAAUAAACUAUUCUCUUUUUUCAGUUAUUUGCAACAUCGGAAGAGGAAGCGAGUGGAAGAACGGGAAAAAAGAAAAGCGAAACGGAAAACAUUGA